CAGAGCAACAAAUUGAUUGUAUUUACUUAGCUGACAGGUUGUGAAGAUUUUGGGAAAAUUAUUGAACGUGCUUUUUAACAAUAUAGAUAGAUUAUGGAAGGGCCUCAGAGGUCUAGCAGCCAAAUUGUGAUGCAGCUGGUGAGGAUUGGCAUCGCUGCGAUCGUGACAUUCUGCUUCGCCAAAUGGUUGAUGAGCUCCAUAGAUCCGACGACUAAGGCCAAAAAGAAGGCCAAAGAGGUGGCAAAGCUGCAGAUGAGGAAGCUCAAUGCGAUGACGGACAAGGGCCGCAAAUUAAAACUGAGCGACUUCAAUUGCUAUGAGCUGAUGAUAGCCUCACAACUGGUAGCGCCAAUGGACAUUGAUGUCAGUUGGUCAGAUAUUGCCGGAUUGGAUGGGGUCAUACAGGAGCUGAGGGAGUCUGUGGUGCUGCCCGUGCGUCACAGCGAUCUCUUUCAGCGCUCGCAGCUGUGGCGGCCACCGAAAGGCGUCUUGCUCUAUGGACCGCCUGGAUGUGGCAAGACGCUGAUUGCCAAGGCGAUUGCCAAGGAGGCGAGCAUGCGCUUCAUCAAUCUGGAUGUGGGAUUGUUGGCGGACAAGUGGUACGGCGAAUCACAGAAGCUUUCCACUGCUGUAUUUACCUUGGCCCGCAAGCUGCAGCCCUGCAUUAUUUUCAUCGAUGAGAUCGAGUCGUUUUUGCGCGUGCGCACAACUGCAGAUCAUGAGGCAACGGCUAUGAUGAAGACACAGUUCAUGAUGCUGUGGGACGGGCUGAUUAGCAGCAACAGCUGCUCGGUGCUUGUGUUAGGCGCAACAAAUCGGCCACAAGAUCUGGAUAAGGCCAUAUUGCGAAGGAUGCCAGCUCAGUUUCACAUCGGACUACCGCUAGAGAACCAGCGACUAGCCAUACUUCAGAUCAUCCUGCAACAGGAGCAACUGCAUCCGGCUGUCGAUCUCAAGCGGUUGGCAAAUCUUACACCUGGCUAUUCAGGUUCCGAUCUAAAAGAGCUGUGCCGUCAUGCCAGCAUCUACCGCAUGCGGCAAUUUAUGCGCAACCUUCUAGUCAUGGAAGGCAACGCUAUCGAGGAACAGAUUGUAGACGAUAACCAGCUGGUCAUCAGCAUGGAGGAUCUAUUGAAAUCGUUGGUCAUUAUGGAUAUGUCCAAGCUGCACACUGACAACACCUAUCUGGCUAAAAAUAUCGAUCUUGACUAGUUUGUGUAACCAUAAUUGAAGAUAUUUCCGUUUGGGCAUCGCUUGUCUAUGAUUUUCAUCAUAUGCGGAAUUUGAUUAAAUUGUUUUCAAAAUUUUGGCUAACUGCUUCUAAUGCGUAUUGUCUAAUUUGUUGUCUGAAAAUUCGAAUUAAAAUUAUGAGUUUUAAUAG